AACAUUUGCGUGUCCUGUUUUCUGACUGAUUCUAAAACGGUGCGGUCAACGUGAGUGAGUGAGCAUCUGAUAUCAACGUGCUAUUCGGCGUGGGUUUGUAGCAAAUAUGUUCUUCCGAGUGUAUUCACUUACUUUAAUUUCAAUCUGCUUUGUAUACGUUUCUUGCGGUGAGCGAAAUCCGGUUGGACCAAGUUUCUCCAUUGAACCGCAAGAAAAAGUGCAGUUCUAUAACUCCACGGGAGCCGUUGUCACUUGUGCUGCAAAUGGCGUUCCUCUUCCGACUGUAUCCUGGAUUCGUCAGGAUGGUUCUCCCGUACAGGAAGUGCCGGAACUUCUGCAGAUAAGGCCCGAUGCAUCUCUGGUUUUUGCUCCCUUCAGGCCCGAAGAGUUCCGACAGGAUAUCCAUUCUGCUACCUAUAGAUGCACAGCUGCUAACUCUGUUGGGAUUAUAGGAAGCAGAGAUGUCAAUGUCCGCGCUGUUUGUAGUAUGGUAACACUGAGGAAGCCGAUCAGCUCCUCCAUAUUGCCUAUUGAUCUCCGCUUUUACGGGAGGAGGAGGUUUCAAAUUCCUUAAUUCUGAAAUUUCAGUUUUAUUCGUGCAGUGUGUUUAAGAUGCCAAGGAAAAACGCAGAACGAAGAAACAUUUACAUUUUAAUUGAAAGAGCCGUUGGUGACUAAUUACCUCUCGUGAAUGUACUUUCAUGGAAAACGAAGGCACUUUUUUUCAAUAAGCAUUCGUUUUUUCAUUUCUGUAAUUGCUUUUUUUUAAUGUGUCAAAUAUUUGAAUUUUUAUGUUUACGUGAUUAU